AUGGAACCAGCCAAGAUGGAUGGGACCAUACCAACUGAUCCAGGCUACCCCGACGGCUGUCAGAGUGACCGAGAGACAGGGAUGGCACCACUUGUCACACUGCCAGAAGAUGGAGAAGCACCCACCAAAAGAAUGAAGGAUGACCAGAACCUGCCACCUGGUGAAGACUCAACAGUUCUGCAUGGACCAUGGAGACAGAAGGAGGGGAGGCUGUGAGCCACAUCCACUGGGCCAUGAAUGUGCUGUGUUAUGUGCAAUACUCUGUGCUCUGCUUGCUUCCUCAGUCUCGGGGGUGGAAAUACAGAGCAACCAAUUGAAGUCAACCAAUUCCUGGGUAAAUAUGCUGCAGGGCUUGGGUAGGAGGGCAACACCUAAUGGUUCCGGAAUAGUGAUGUUCCCGAAACCUUCUUCAGCGGGUGAGCUGUUUGGUACUAUGGGUAAGCCUCUAUCAGAGGAUGAUGUGACCUGUGGAUAUCUCCACUUUAUGAGACGUGAUAAAACUAACAAGGAACAAGGCAUAUUUUUUAUAACACUUACCAAUAGUGCAACUAUCCUAGGGAGCCUCUCUGACAAUGUGCACGUCCCCCAUAUUAAAGCUGACCCCUGGAGGGUUUGAUGGCCCUGACGAAACUGAAACAACUCAUGACUACUUCCCCAUGAUUGGGGCUCCCUAACCACUCUAAACCAGUUCAUCUGUUUGUGUGUGAAAAUAAUGGUUUUAUGUCCUCUGUUUUGACACAGGAACAUGGAGGAACUAUUCUAAACAAUUGGACAGUGUGGCGAGAGUGUCUGGUAUGUUGUUUGAGGGUGGUGGCUGUGGAUACUCAUGCUCUCAUCUCAAAGGCUAAGACUGCUCAUCUGACUCCAGCGAGGUUGCUACACUAUCAGAAUGUGCUUCUAACCAUGUCUCAUGUGACCCUGAAAAGGUGCGCUGUGCUCAAUCAGGCUACAUUGUUGCCAACAAAAAAGGACGGAGAAACCCAUGACUGUGCAGCUCUGGUGGAGCUUGUAUCAUUGUGGAAACAGCGUGGGUUCCUCACAUCCUCUGGGGAAACUAUUUCUCACUCGAAACAUGUUGAUAACCUAUUGAAAGCUAUUCUUCUCCCUUCUGAAAGAGCUGUAUGUUAAUAGACUGACCAUGACUGUCCACUGUAUAACCAGGCUGUUAAUAUACUGCUGUACACCAUGUACAUGUUUGGCUCAUACUAACUCUUUUGAUCCUGUCUCCAAGGGCAACACAAUGGCUGAUCUGGAAGCAAAAGCAGCAACUGUGUCUGCUGAUUCCCCUGUGUUGCAGAUGAUUUUGGUUCCUAUUAUGAAUCUCUUCUCCCCUACUGACAUCACUGACUUGCAAUCCUCUGUAGGUCCUGUCGAGUUGAGGAAGUGGAAGAGGCUGUGUACAUAUGACAAUGUGCAGAAACUGUGGUUGGGCCCGGCUGGGCUCCCAAUUCUGAGACGUUCUUGUUUUCCCUAGCUUUCUAAAUUGGCACAUUCAACUUUUUGUUCACCUGGUGAAGUAACGUUAGACGGGAAGACAGAGGUAGAGUAUAGUAGAGAUUGUAGAGGGAAACACGUAUUUGAGGGGAAGAGAAAUGUACUGGGUGAUGGUGAUUUUACCAAGAGAGGGGGGGUCAAUAAUAACUGAGAUGGCUUCUAGAGGCCAGGAUACUCCCGGAGAGGGAGGGGUAGAAGGGGAACAUUUUACCAAAGCCUUAGAGGCACUAAAAAAAGCAUAUGACCAGCACCAAGAACCAAAUAAAUGGUGGGGAAAAUUAGCCAAAUUGGACAAAAUUGGUACACGUUUUCCCUUAGAUGGAAAGUUUAAAACCAGCCAAGAGUAUAUGGAUGCAAUCGUAGUUUGGAACACUGAAAUCAGACAACAGUCCAGACCACAAUAGCAGGCAUCCUAACCACAGCAUUUUAUCAGCAGCGGAGACCUGCGAGGUAAAAUGUAGCAGACAGUAGACAAGAAUGAGGUGACAAAUAAAAACUAGGCAUAUCUGAAGGGCACCAGGAAUUAGAGGGAGCCCUUGAGGAUAGACAAGAGCAAAAUAAACAACUCAGGGUUGCACUUCAACAGUAUCAUAUUAUAAGGAGAAACAGGUCACAUCUGGUGGGCCACCAUUAUACCCCUCUCUUAAAGAGGAAAAAUAGCGAUAUGGGUUGUGAGAGGCAGAGGACAGGCACAUUACGAGUCCGGAUAUAGUAGUACCGGACUGGAUAGUGGAUCAGCAUGAUCCAGGUAAUCAUAGAGAUAUGCGCCCAAUGCAAACACACACGACCCCGGUUACAUAUUAUCCAGAACAAAUAGUACCAGGGGAGGACAACCCUAUACGGAUCCAAAUUCAGCAACACCAUCAACCACUGAGCGUGAGAGAAAUGCAUAGUACUAUGAAAGAGGCAUCGGAUCCAGUAAGGUAGGGACAGGAAUAUAUCAGUUUCCUGAGGAAACAUAGUAGAUUUUUCGGGUUCCAUGCUGGUGAUUACGAUCAUAUUAAAUGCUCGCUUUUGCCAAGGGCCAUGUUGCCAGCACUCGCACAGGGAUAUCGAAUGUCGGCUUGGUCCUAUGGAUGCGAAGCGUGUGACCCAGUGACAGCAAAUGAUGAAAUUGAGGGAUUCUUAACUACAGUUGGGAAUGUAUUGUUUCGACCAGAUGUGAGUAAAAUUAGUAACUAUACUCAAGGUCCGAAAGAAGGAAUAUGCGAUUAUGUGGAUAGGAUGGAUGAUGUGUUACGUACUAAUCUGACAUUGGGGGAUACGAUCAAAAUACAGGAAUUUGUGUGUCUGCUUUGAUGGUAGGAUUGAAACCUGUUAUCAAAACGGCUAUUGCGGGGGUAGUGGACCAACAUUCUCACUGGCAUGAAAUAGUACAGGUGGCAUUGAGAGGGGAAUCUAAUUCCGCUCACUCCGCAGCCGUACGAGUGGUUAAUGCCUCCACAGUCAAAGUCACUAACAGUGGUUUCAAUGGCCCAAGUAAGACAAAGAAACAGGGAGGAAAGGGCAAAUCAUCAGAGCCCUGUAUUAGGUGUGGGGCUGUUGGUCAUUGGAAAAGGGAGUGUAAGGUGGUAAUGGAGCCUACUGCACCCGUUGCAUUCGGAACGGAAUGCUGCGAUGCAAGCGCUUGCAUCUUUGUCAAAAGAACAGCAGCAAACACUCUUGAAGGCAACGGGGCAGGAAACGUUCACAUAGCGGUGUAUGGCCUUGGUUCGAUCAAUAGUGGUUCAUAGAGAUUACGGUUUCUAUGUGAAGGGAGACGUAGGAGGCCACGUCUCACACAACUUUCUAAUAGAUACCGGUGCGCAAAUAUCACUGAUUCCUUACGAUGAGAAAUUGGCUACAUUUGCAACAUGAAAAAGUAUCACAUUUAGCGGGGUUAGAGUCCCGCUCCUUGAAAGCGGCAGCUCUACCCUUUAGCUCAGUGAGGAUAUUGCUUCUGGUUGGGAUAUGUACAUGCGGUCACUGUGGGGAUGACGUCAUCAAUACACUUAUUGAUGAAGCCAGUGACUGAUGUGGUGUACUCCUCAAUGCCAUCGGAAGAAUCCCGGAACAUAUUCCAGUCUGUGCUAGCAAAACAGUCCUGUAGCUUAGCAUCUGCGUUAUCUGACCACUUCCUUAUUAACUGAGUCACUGGUGCUUCCUGCUUCAGUUUUUGCUUAUAAGCAGGAAUCAGGAGGAUACAAUUAUGGUCAGAUUUGCAUCAUCCAAAUGGAGGGCGUGGAGUAAAGGUGGUCUAUAGUUUUUUUUCCCUCUGGUUGCACAUUUAACAUGCUGGUAGAAAUUAGGUAGAACGGAUUUAAGUUUCCCUGCAUUAAAGUUCCCGGCCACUAGGAGCGCUGCCUCUGGAUGAGCGUUUUCCUGUUUGCUUAUGGCCUUUUACAGUUCAUUGAGUGCAAUCUUAGUGCCAGCAUCGGUUUGUGGUGGUAAAUAGACAGCUACGAAAAAUAUAGAAGAAAACUCUCUUGGUAAAUAGUGUGGUCUAAAGCUUAUCAUGAGAUACUCUACCUCAGGUGAGCAAAACCUCGAGACUUCCUUAGUACCACAAUCUCUCCCUCAAUUUCAGCAAGACAAAGGAGCUGAUUGUGGAUUAUAGGAAACUGUAGUGGAGCGGGUCGAGAGAUUCACGUUGUCCACAUAACUAAGUUGUGUCUACACAAUUGUGAAGGGGGCACAACAGCGCCUCUUCCCCAUCAGGAGGUUGAAAAGAUUUGGAGUGAUUUGUCAUUGACUGGCUGCAUCACCAUUUGGUACGGCAACUGCAAGUCACCCGACUGCAAGGCGCUACAGAGGGUGGUGAGUAUGGCCCAGUACUUUACUGGGGCCAAGCUCCCUGCCAUCCAGAACCUCUAUACCAGGCGGUGUGAGAGGAAGGCCCAAAAAAUUGUCAACGACUCCAGCCACCCAAGCCAUAGACUGUUCUCUCUGCUACCGCACUGCAAGCGGUACCAGUGCACCAAGUCUAGAACCAACAGGACCCUGAACAGCUUCUGCCCCCAAGCUAUAAGACUGCUAAACAAGACUGCUAAAUAGUUAAUCAAAUGGCUACUCAGACUACCUGCAUUAACCCUUUUUUAAAAUAAUGCAAAAUAUGUCAUAACAGGUGUAAAUAUGUGGGUCAUGACUGUGUUAUGACCAUAUUAUGACACGUUAUGACACGUUAUGUCAGCUGUUAUGACAUAUUAUGACAUGGUUAUGACCGUAUAAUAAAUCGUUAUGACACUGGGUGUCAAGUAAAGUGUUACUGAAGUUUCUUAUCCUUCAGAUAGUAAUUUCCUUUUGCAUUGCUCCAGACCGCGUCGCUCGCUGUGCGGAAUGCAAACCGAUUAUCACUGUGCGGGACCAUUCAGUGUUUUAUUUUUUUCAACAUCCACAGCAUUCUCCAUGUAAUUCUUUCCAUGCUCAGGUGACACAUUCAGGCAGAUCUCUAUCACCUCCGUCUGUAUGUUUCAGAGUCAACCAGACACACCUCCAUAGAAGCAACGGUUUUCUCCAGUACAGCACACUUUUCGGUGAAUACUUUGCUUUCUUUAUUAAUGUCUUGAGUCUCGCUGAAUGCACAAUUCACAGACGCCUUGAGCUCUUUGAUGCAUGAUGCAUUCUCCUUCAACAUCUUCUCCAGGUUGUCAGCUCUCUCGUAUAUUUUAGCCGUAACUGCUUGGAUGAUGUUCGACUGCAGAUCAUAAAGUGAGAGAUCAUUUUGCUUCAUCUUCUGGGCAGGACUGUAUUAGGAGCUGUUCACUGGGGUAUCUGAGUCAUUCAAAACCCAAUUUCCAUCAGUAAGCAUUUCGUCCUCAGAUGAAUCAGGGCCAAGGGCUAGCUGUCUUGCUCUUGAGUAAUCAUGUUCAGUAUAUAGGCUACCUUUUCUUUUCUUGACAGCAUCCUUGUGGCUAGCUUUGCCUUUUUUACCUUUUCCCUCUUGUGACAUGUUAGCAAGUUAUCUUUCGACUAAAGGAGAAAUUGUUUUACAGUCUUAGUUUUUAACCGUUUUUCACAAAGUUUGAGAGGGAUAAAGUUGAAAUUAGGCGGAAACUGUAAAUGUUGCGACUACACUUAUCACCAUCUUGACAUCUCGUCAGCUAGCCUCUGCUGAGUCCCCAACAACCAGAUGUUCCAGUUUUCAGGGGAAAUAGAAAGAGAGCAUGUGACGCGGCUUCCGCUUUUGGACAUUAACAAGAGAUUUUAAACGUAACCCUAACCUUAACCACACUGCUAACCUCAUGCCUAACCCUAACAUUCAAUUAAUACACUUUUCUUUUAUGAUAUAGCCAAUUUUUAACAAGGCAACAGUCCAUCUUAACUCCUCCUCCACAUUUACUGGAUUGGUUGAACAGUGCAGAAGAUUACCUCCCCCGACAGUUUUUCUUUCUUCUCGUCAAGACCAGUAUGUAGGGGAUCUAGUUUCAGGUGUUUCUUUUAUGUCUGCUACAUUAGGUUGUGAGCGAGCAGAGUGAACACCAUAGAAGAAGACCGAAAUAUGAAUACAAAGAUGGAAAAGGCCUAUGGCUCCCCCUGUCUCCUAAAGUGGGAAUGCACCACAUCUGUAAUCUAUCUGAUGCAUGUGAGGACUACAAUAAACAUAUUGCCCCAUGUAGUUCAGUUGGUAGAGCAUGGCGCUUGCAACGGCAGGGUUGUGGGUUCGAUUCCCACGCGGGGCCAGUAUGAAAGAAGAAAAUAUGUAUGCACUAACUGUAAAUCGCUCUGGAUAAGAGCGUCUGCUAAAUGACUAAAAUUUAAAUGUACAAUGUGGAGAUAGAAGGUUCUAAGCUAGUUUGAUUAAAAUCUAGAGAUGUGCUUCUGCCUGUAUUCCCAUUAACUUUAGAGGCUCUUUGUUCAGAUCAUCUUCUACGAGGGCAGGAAUUUUGAGGGACGCCACUAUGAGUGUAGUGGUGACUGCGCUGACAUGCACUCCCGCUUCUCCCGGUGUAACUCCAUCCGGGUGGACAGUGGGUGCUGGGUGGCCUAUGAGAAGCCUAAGUAUUCUGGGUACCAGUACAUGCUGACAAGAGGGAAGUACCCCGACCACCACCGCUGGUCCGGCUUCAACGACUGCAUACGCUCCUGUCGCAUCAUCCCUGCUGUGAGAAUGACUCUACUUUUGUUUGAGGUUCUAAAUCAAGUGAUUAAUGAAGUUGAAGUUCAAUUCUUCCAUUUGGAUAUGUACAGUAACAUAGAAAUAUAUAAAUACACUACAGUAUGUAUGAGAAUAUUCUAAAAUGGAACCUGAAAACUGCUUAUUUGAACAAAGAUGAUUAUACACCAAAGCCAUCAUUCAGAAUGAUUUAAAUAUGGCUGUGAGAGUAGGACAGGUGAGGGGCAGAUGUUUGUGAGAGUGAGUGAAGUUCAGUUUUGCAACUAACCUUUUUCAAACCUGUUCCGAGCCAUGUUUUUCUCAGGACCAAACCAGUGUGCAACUCUAUUGUCCGGGCCUAGAAAAGAGUCUAACCGGAUUUGCAUGACAAUGGAAUUCAAUUUAAAGGGAGCAUGAGGUUGACAUGUGCUUAGUGUCAUGGGGGCAGAUAUAUAGAACAGUUUGUGCUGACACGAUAACUCACCUGAUUUUAAUAACAAUGCUCUGUCCUUUUUUUCUGACACAUAAAAGGCUCUGGGAUGAGGACAGGCUUGUCCUGUUGACCUUCACAGUCAUGAUGGUUAAGGUAAGCAGAACAUAUCAUUGUCCUAAAAAAAAACAUUACAGACCUUCUUUUCCAGUCUAUUGCAAUUCCAUUUCAGAUUUAGUCUUAAGGGUUUUGUUUGAAAUCAUAAUUGUAGUAUGAUCCCAGGACAAUUGUAGCCUGGUUCCAGAUCUGAUUGCCCUGUAUAGCCAACUAGCGGUUGUUUGGCAUGACAUUGACAAUGACCAUGACAAUAGGUGUUAGUGAGACAGCACAUACAGAUCUGGGACCAGGCUAGGAAAAUAGUACUUGAGGGGUUCUCCUAUCCUUUGUGCCAUUCACAAAUAUACUUGCAAAGUCAAUUUCAUGUUUAAAUCCAAAUAAAGAGGUGUUUUUCACCCAGAAAGAAGGUUCUAAGCUAGUUUGAUUAAAAUGUAGAGAUGUGCUUCUGCCUGUAUUCCCAUUAACUUUAGCGGCUCUUUGUUCAGAUCAUCUUCUACGAGGGCAGGAAUUUUGAGGGACGCCACUAUGAGUGCAGUGGUGACUGCGCUGACAUGCACUCCCACUUCUCCCGGUGUAACUCCAUCCGGGUGGACAGUGGGUGCUGGGUGGCCUAUGAGAAGCCUAAGUAUUCUGGGUACCAGUACAUGCUGACAAGGGGGAAGUACCCCGACCACCACCGCUGGUCCGGCUUCAACGACUGCAUACGCUCCUGUCGCAUCAUCCCUGCUGUGAGAAUGACUUUAUCUUGACCGACAUGACAAUAGCACAAACAAAUGCUCUUGACAGCUGGCACAAGUUAGACAUGGGUGUAUAGGCAAUUGACUUGACGCAAAUUAUAUUAUUUGGAAAUGUUUGUAUGAGGUAUAUACAAUUGAAAUGGACCAAAACAACAGUUUUGUUUGAAUCAAUACAGGCUUAAUUCAGCUGUCAGAUUGUUGUCAGAUUCAGAUUCAAGAUUCCCAUAAAUUUACAUCAGCUGUCAUGACUGAUUAGAACACCUUACAUAAUUGUCAUGACAAUGUUUUGUGUAGCCAGAGGGCCUUCAUGCUGAGUGUUCAGACCUAAAAGUCUGAUAUAGAAAACCAUUAUUUAAGUUCUGUAAAGUGAAUCCAUUUUCUCCAUGCGCAGUAUAAUGGAAACUACAGGAUGAAGAUCUUUGAGAGAUCAGACUUUGGGGGCAAGAUGAUGGAGCUGAGCGAUGACUGUCCCAACCUGCAGGACCGCUUCCACCUGAGAGACAUCUCAUCCUGCAACGUCAUGGAGGGCUACUGGAUCCUUCAUGAGCACCCCAACUACCGGGGCCGUCAGUACUUCCUGCGCCCUGGCGAGUACAACAAGCACAGCGACUGGGGCAGCAUGAACUCCACCAUCGGCUCAGUGCGGCGCGUGACAGAGCUGAAGCAAACCAACCAAUAA